AUGCCGUUUGGACUCAAAAACCCCGGUCCAACAUUUCAAUGGUUAGUCACCAUGAUGUUCAAAGAUCAGUUGGGAAAAACGAUGGAGGUGUAUAUAGAUGAUAUGGUUGUAAAAUCAGAAAGAGCGGAAGACCAUCUGAUUCAUUUAAAAGAAGUGUUCGCAAUAAUAAGGCAACUCAACAUGAAGCUGAACCCAGAAAAAUGUGCAUUCAAUGUAUCCUCUGGAAAGUUCUUGGGGUUUAUGGUUUCAAAACGAGGAAUAGAGAUAAAUUCAGACCAGAUAAAGGCAAUCGAAAACAUUCCCGAUGAUCUCAACAACAUAAAAGAGCAACAAAACUUUGAGUGGAAGCCAGAAUGUAAACAAGCGUUGCAAGAACUCAAAAGAUAUCCACAUUUAGAAAAAUUGGCCCUGGCUUUAAUACGUGCUGCUAGAAAAUUAAGGCAUUAUUUUCCAAGCCAUCCAAUUGCCGUGGUAACGACAUUCCGUCCACGGAGUGUUCUCCAUAGACCGGAGUUAUCAGACAGAUUGGCUAAAUGGGCAAUUGAACUUAGUGAAUUUGAUAUUACUUAUCAACCUAGAAAUGCUAUAAAAUCGCACAUUCUUGCCGAUUUUGUGGCAGAUUUUAAUUCAAAAUUAACUUCAGAAGUGGAAAAAGAAACCAUCACAAAUACGGGGUUAUCCUCUGGGAUAUGGACCUUGUACACUGAUAAGGCAUUUAAUGAAAGUUUAAAGCUGGCUUUGGAAUACGGAGCAAAAAGCAACAGGGUACAUUGUGAUUCUCAAUUGGUGGUUAACCAGGUGAAUGGAACUUUCAGUAUCAAAGACCUACGUAUGCAGAAGUAUCAAACACAAAUAUUAGACCUCUUUGCAAGAUUCAAGGAAUGGGAAUUAGAGCAGGUUCCACGAGAAAGUAAUGCCAAGGCUGACAGUUUAGCAAAAUUGGCAUCAGUUGCUGAUCCCGGAGAACCAGGAAGUAGAAGUGUGAUCCAUUUAUUGCAUCCAAUUGGUUGCGAAAUUGAAGUACAUGAGACGGGAUCGGCACAUGAUUGGAGGAAUAAAAUACUUAAUUUUUUGCAACAAGGGACUCAAUCCAUAGAUAAGAAAAAAGCACGAAAAUUGCGAGUAAAAGCAAUUAGAUAUUGCCUGGUUUAUGGAGAGUUAUAUCAGAGAACUUUUGGAGGGCUACUCGCCAAGUGUUUAAGCCCAAACGAUACGGAACCCACUAUGCAGCAAGUGCACAGUGGAUAUCGUGGAAAUCACUCCAGUGGGAGAUCUUUAGCCCGAUGUUUGCUACGUGCAGGUUAUUAUUGGAACACCAUAGACAAAGAUUCACAAAAUUUUGUAUGUCGAUGCAAAGAAUGCCAAGCAUAUGCAUCUGCAAUACAUCAUCCUGCAGAACCACUGCAUUUAGUCAUUACCCCAUGGCCUUUCAUGAAAUGGGGGCUCGACAUCAUGGGACCAUUCCCCGAAGCCAAAGUUCUUUGGUCUUACCGAGUUACAUACAAAACUAGUACUAGAGGAACACUUUUUUCAUUAGUUUAUGGAGCGAAAGUGUUGGUACCAAUUGACGUAAUGGAGCCAAGCAUAAGGUAUGUACAUGCAACAGAUGCGGAAAACGUGGAAGCAAUGAAGGAUGGACUUGAUUUGCUGGAAGAACACCGAGAAUUGGCUUUAAUCAAGUUAAAAACGUCGAAACAACAAGUGGAAAGAUAUUACAACAAUAAGACCAAAUUACGGCAAAUUAAAGUUGGGGACUUAGUCAUGCGAAUGGUAACUUCAGCUACCAAGAUACCGAACGAAGGUAAACUAGGAGCGAAUUGGGAAGGGCCCUAUAAGGUUAUAGCUGAUACAGGGAAAGGAACAUUUCAAUUGGAAACUUUGGAUGGAAAGAUUGUCUCCAACAACUACAACAUAAGCAACCUGAAGCUCUUCCAUUCCUAA